CGAAUACCUAACAGUGCCCCGCGCGCCCCUUAACGCCGCUCCGUCCGCCUAACAGCGCGCACCGCGAGCUGGGCACACGUCCCCGCCGCAACACAGCGGCCGCUCUCAUUGUACGAGCUCGCCAGGCGAAACGGGGCUUCCUGGCCGCUGCCGCGUGGACAAAAUAUCCGCUUCCCACCGCCUCACUGCUAGGUCGACUUCGCACGGGUGGAGUUGGCAAAAAAAGGAGAGUGGGGGAGUUGGCAAAAACAGCCCCCUCACGGUUGGUACAGAAGGAAAAACUUGGCUCUCUUUGUCUGAAUCCAGCACAAGAGGGGGUGGAACCAUAAGGCUGAGUGGAGAUGAAACCGGAUGGGGUUGACACAGCAGCCAUGGAGUCCAUGGAAGCAAUAGCGGCAGAGCCUGUGGUGGAAGGGAUCACCGGUGACCAGGAGGAGCAGCAGCAAGAUGCUUUACCAUCGCAUCCUGAGGAAGGAGAUAAGCAGCCGCAAGCAGAAAUGCCACCAUUGUCACCUGCUGCCAAGGAGGGCGGGGGUAAGCCAGGGAAUGCUAAAGCUAAGGUGAAAACUGCCCCGAAAACAAAGUCCGGCACCACUGGCACGAAGGCAGCGACACCCGGACCUGGCUCGCGGCCCGGCACAGCGCAGAACCGUGCUUCAAAUGGUGUUCAGAAGGCCUUGGCAAACGGUGUGGCCAAAAAAGCAAAUGCCACAGCUCCGGAGAAGAAGAAACCGACUGCCACCUCUGUGGUACCAUCUAAGCGGCCUGUUGCCACAGGUAACUCUGCCCCUUACAAGGCCCCCACUAAGGCUGCAGACAGAAAGCCUGUUGACAAUAGUAAGCCUGCCUCUGCCCCCACUGUGAGUAAUGGCGCCAAGGCAGCUGCAACACCAGUGAAGAAGGGUCCAGCUGUGGGGAAUGUUGAUGCCAUGAAACCGAAGCCCAAAACUUCAGCCCCAAGGCCUGCUGCUGCUGCUGCCAAACCUGAAAGGUCCACUGUUUCCAAGACAACCAGACCUGCUGGUGGGCCUCCUGCCUCCACGGGGACUGCAGCAAAACCAUCAACUGUUGCAGCUUUAGCCAAACCUGCCGCCUCCAGAGCAACUGCUACAGCUUCCUCUACUGGCCGUAGUUCAACAGCACAACCCUCAAGAACAGCAGCUCCUGCAAAGAAAGAUGCGAGUAAACCAGCUACAGCAGCAGUCAAGAAAGCAUCUGCACCCCUCUCCCGCCCUCUUUCAGCCAAAUCCAUAAAAACUGAACCUCCCAAAUCCAGUGUGAUGGCCAAGCCAGAAUCCAAUGCCAAGAAGCCUCAGCUCACAAGCAAACCGGCAGAUGCAAAGCCCAGCAGAGUGAAAUCGCAGGAUGGGAAGCCCCCAGCAUCACGAGAUACCAUGGCCAGCCCACGAACAACUGCUGCAAAACCCAGCAUCUUUAAAGCUGCCACCUCAAGCCCCAAGAAGCCACUGGACAGUGGUGUCACAAUGCCAGUGAAGCAUGGCUCCAAACCCACACAGGUUCAGCCACCUAAGAAGACUGAGCCUAAAACGGGUGCUGUUGCUGCAGAGGACACAGCUAUUGCUGCUGCUAGUGCUGUCGUUGCAGCUGUAGCCACUGCUGCUGCUGUGGUAACAUCUGGUGAACCUCAAUUUCCUACAGUACAUGAAAUUGCUCCUGUUCCACCUACAGAGGUGCUGAAUGAACCACCACCUUCCAUUGUUGACCAAGAAAUCACAGAAGCUGAAAUGGAAGGUGUCCCAGUCCCACAGCCAGUUUCUCAAGAUUCUGUUAACCUGGUAAAAGAACCAGCUCCUACUUGCUCCACAGAGCUAUCUACUUCAGCCUCUCAGCCUGAGUCUGCUGAAGAUCAGUCUCUACUGGAUCAGCUAGUGCUUCAGCAACCAAUGGCUCCAGAAAGACCUGAAGAGGAGGAAGGGAAACUUGGCGCACAAGUUGAAGAACAGGUUCUGAACCUGAGAACACAAAGAGAGGGGGAUAUCUUGGUUCUUGCAGCACUGGCUGCAGGAGAUCAGAAUAAAUUGGUGGCUGAACCCAAGUGUGAGGAGGCCACGCCAGCUGAGGUUCCUACAAUUUCUAUCUCGGAACCUUUGGCUCAGCAACAGGAGGAGGCCGUUGAGAAAGCAGAACAGGAAAUUAAUGAAGAUGAUGAUGGUAAUGACAUUGAAGAAGAGGAGAAGGAGGGUAGUCAGCAGGUGUCGCUGUCUGAGAUGAGUGGGACCCAGCCUACAGAGGAGUCCCGGCCAGGGUCAGCAGGCUUGGCUGGAUCUGUGUGGCGGGGUGGUGGCCUGCUCUCAGAGUUGGACUCUGAAGAUGUCAGUUGUAGUCAACAAGGGGCUUCAGAGCUGAGUGCCCCAGGUGUGCUAGAGGGCACAGAAAGCAUGGAUGACCUGGGAGAAGCCAGUCUUAAAGGGGGAGAUGGAGAGGGAGCAUCAGCAGGCUCACCUGACCUUGAGAUUGUACCAGACAUUCCAGCCAACGAGGAUGAAGAUGAAGAUGAUGAAGACAGGGUGUAUGAUAUGGAGGUGGGCUCUGAGAAGGCAGAGGAUUCCCGUAGGGUACGACAGGAGGGUGAAGAUGAUGAAGAGGACGAUGAUGUGGAGAUGGCCAGUGAAGGUGUGACAGAGAGUGGGUUGGAGAGCUAUGGCAAUGCUGAUGAGGAUGACUUUGCAGAGGAAGACAGGCUAGACAACCUGAACCGCGUUCAGCCGCCGCCUCUUUUGCCAGCAGCUCCAGCAGGACAAUGGGCACAGACCAACCCUUUUGCCGAGCCCUGGGCCCAGCCUCCGCAGGCAGCCUCCACUCUACUCACAAGCCCCUCCUCUGACCACUGGGCUAUGGAUACAGAGACACUCAUCCAAGUUCCUGCACAGGCCUGGAUGGAGCUCAGUGCUGCUACCCUUGUUCCUCGAAGUGAAGAGCCCUCCCCUCAGCCGCAGCCUUUCCAGGAGCCACAGGCAGGUGAGGCCCACAUGAGCCUUGUCCCCACAGCAGCACCUGUUCUGGAAGAGACCCCAUUAACAAUCCAAGCAGAAGCUCUGCUGCCUCCCCCUACUCGGGGCAUGUCCCAGUCCAGCACACUAAGCGGCACAGAGUUGGCUGCCCAGAGCAGCAGUGAAACUAGCACUCCCGAGGAGCUGAAAGACUACAGCAGCUCUGAAGAUAAGCGGCAGACUCCUGUGCCCCGCCAACAGCCUGACAGUGAGCAAGACCUGGGCAUUGCCCUGGAGAGGGGUGAUGGCGAUGAAGAAGAGGCAGAGACCCUCCCAGCUGAUGAGGUUCUUGGAGGUCCCCACACAGCGGCCACGUCCGCUCCUUCCUCCCCUUCCAUCUCAGGAGACGAAGCCAGUGAUACUGAAGGCGAGAUGCUGAUCAGUGACCCUGAUGCCCUGGGUUCCAAGAACCUGCCAGCCCUGGAGGAGCAUGAGGAGGUUGGGCAGCUGCACUACGGGGAAGCCGAGGAGGAUGGUGACACACCCCAGUCUGCAAACUCUGUUGCAUCCUACGGCUUUGAUUGCACCACAUCCAACUCGAAUGCCCACUCCACCCAGAGCCCUGGAAUAUUCUCCCUAGAGAAUGAAGACCAACUACCAGAGGAGGCCAAGGAUGCCACUCUCAUCAAGGAACUGACACUGCCAACUGCAACAGCAAGCCCCCAGCUCGAUGCCCCAGUGGACCUCCUGCCCCUUGAGCUCUCAGGAGAAACACUUCCCAACCCUGAGGAGCAGCAGUACAUGCAGUGCGGGAAGCAGGAGACGGAGCUGCCUGAUCUGACCCCUGUGGGUGGAGCCGCGUCUCCAGAGGUGGGCAAGGCACCUUCUGCUCAGCAAGCUGCAGAGGGCUCUGACGUACAGCCACCAUACUACUCUGCUAUUUGUGAAAAGACUGAUAGCGUUUCUGCAGGUAACGUAUAGUCCCAUAGCUGUAAUGCACCCCCCUGCCCCCCCCACUUCGUGUUGUGUUGUCAGUUGUUGUGGAUUUUUCUCCAAUUGGGGUAAAUAUCUUGGAAAGCAGGAAGGGCAAAUGAGAGAAAGUAUAAAGCAAAGGCAAUGAAAGUAAAAGGACUGGAGAUAUCAGUGCCACCUCCAUAUAUAUUACUAUUACCAUCAUAAUUAUGGCUAUAUGGCUUAAACUCCUGUAUGUGCAAUAGCUACUACUAUUUACUAUUAGAAUGUGGAUUUUUUUUUUUUUAAAUAAAAACACCGCUUAUGCAGUUGGCCUGGACUGGUAUGGAUUGACUUUUGUGUGAUGAAACUCUUAAAAUGGAACAAGCAAAUUGAAAAGAAUGAACUCUUCACCUUUUGUGUAUUUAUCCUGCUCUUUUUACCAAAUAAAUGUUAAUGGCUUUGUAUUUUUUUCCUCUAA